UCGAGUGGCACACAGGGCUCUGUGAGGUACGAGAGAAGGAGGCACGGAAAAAAGAGAGAGAGACGGAGCCCUCGGGAACUAUUCAAUCAGAAAUAAACAAAAACACACUUCUCUUCAUGGACUGUAAAAUUAAAAGAUUAAUUAUCAUAUGCUUGGAUUGGAAGAAUCAACACACGGACGACCUGAAUAACGGAAUUCACUUUUUGGGGGGAUUUUGGUAGACACUCCGAAUUAAUAUAUUUUUGAGGUUCAAGCAACAUUUUCGAAAUAUCGCUGAGAAGGAACAACUAUCCCCUAGCCAGCCUUCAAGAUGGAGGAGGAACAGUGCUUCUACAAUGAGUCCAUUGCCUUCUUCUACAACCGCAGUGGAAAGUACCUGGCUACAGAGUGGAAUACCGUCAGUAAGCUGGUGAUGGGGCUGGGUAUCACAGUAUGUAUCUUCAUCAUGCUGGCUAACUUGCUGGUCAUGGUGGCUAUAUACGUCAACCGCCGCUUCCACUUCCCUAUUUACUACCUGAUGGCCAACCUGGCCGCCGCGGACUUCUUUGCCGGCCUGGCGUAUUUCUACCUGAUGUUCAACACGGGCCCGAACACACGGCGCCUCACGGUCUCCACGUGGCUGCUCCGACAGGGUCUCAUCGACACGUCCCUCACGGCGUCCGUGUGUAACCUCCUCGCCAUCGCCAUUGAGCGCCACAUCACCGUUUUCCGCAUGCAGCUACACACGCGCAUGUCCAACCGGCGUGUAGUGGUGGUGAUUGUAGUCAUCUGGACCUUGUCUAUCGUCAUGGGAGCCAUCCCGUCGGUAGGGUGGAACUGUAUCUGUGACAUUGGCACGUGUUCUAGCAUGGCUCCGCUGUACUGUAACUCCUACCUGGUGUUCUGGGCCGUAUUCAACCUGGUCACCUUCCUGGUCAUGGUGGUGCUGUACGCUCACAUCUUUAUGUACGUGAGACAGAGGACCAUGAGGAUGAGCAGACACAGCUCUGGGCCACGCAGGAACAGAGACACCAUGAUGAGUCUGCUGAAGACUGUCGUCAUCGUAUUGGGUGCGUUCAUCGUGUGCUGGACUCCAGGCCUCGUUCUCCUCCUCCUCGAUGUGUUCUGUGCCAACUGUAACGUCCUGGACUUUGAGAAGUUCUUCCUGCUUCUGGCUGAGUUUAACUCUGCUAUGAACCCCAUCAUCUACAGCUACCGGGACAAGGAGAUGAGCGCCACCUUCAAGCAGAUCCUGUGCUGUCAGCGCCAGGAGAACGUUAACGGGACGGCAGCCGAGGGCUCCGACCGCUCAGCCUCCUCUAUCAAUCACACCGUGCUGAGUGGAGGGAAACAAAACAAUGAUCACUCAGUGGUGUGAGAGGAGGAGAGGAGGACAGGAGAGGGACUGGGGCUGGAGACAGGAGGAGAGGGACUGGGGCUGGAGGUGGAGAUAGGAGAGGGGCUGGAGGGAGAGGACAGGGGAGGAACUGUGACUGGAAACAGGAGAGGAUAGGGAUUGGGACUGGUGCUGGAGAUGGAGAGAGGAGAGGGAUUUGGGAUGGAGCUGGAGAGGAGGGGGACUGGUGCUGGAGAUGGAGAGGGGGAGAGGAGAGGGACUUGGGAUGGAGCUGGAGAGGGGGAGAGGAGAGGGACUGGGGCUGGAGCUGAAGACAGGAGGAGAGGACAGGGAUUGGGGCUGGAGCUGGAGACAGGAGGAGAGGAGAGGGACUGGGGCUGAUCACAGGAGGUGAGGGACAUGGGGCUGGAGCUGGAGCUGGAGACAGGAGGAGAGGGGCUGGAGUUACAGACAAGAGGAGAGGAGAGGGACUGGGGCUGAUCACAGGAGGUGAGGGACUUGGGGCUGGAGCUGGAGACAGGAGGAGAGGAGAGGGACUGGGACUGGAGCUAAGUGGGGCUGCAGCCAGGAGAGGCUGCAGUGUAGAGCCCAUCCCCGGGGUGGCCAGGAGAUGGGUGGGAGAAGGAGGGCAGGCAGGGGCCAAGGAGGUGGGUGGGAUAUGGACUAUAGGUCUAACAUUACUAUAAAGCCAGGUGAUGGAUUCUAGAUCUAAUGUUACUAUAAAGACCAGGGUGAUGGACUAUAGGUCUAACAUUACUAUGAAGACCAGGGUGAUGGACUAUAGGUCUAACAUUACUAUGAAGACCAGGGUGAUGGACUACAGGUCUGACAUUACUAUGAAGACCAGGGUGAUGGACUAUAGGUCUGACAUUACUAUGAAGACCAGGGUGAUGGACUAUAGGUCUAACAUUACUAUAAAGACCAGGGUGAUGGACUAUAGGUCUGACAUUACUAUGAAGACCAGGGUGAUGGACUAUAGGUCUAACAUUACUAUGAAGACCAGGGUGAUGGACUAUAGGUCUAACAUUACUAUGAAGACCAGGGUGAUAGACUAUAGGUCUAACAUUACUAUGAAGACCAGGGUGAUGGACUAUAGGUCUAACAUUACUAUGAAGACCAGGGUGAUGGACUAUAGGUCUAACAUUACUAUAAAGACCAGGGUGACAGAAUGCAGAAAAAGAAGAAGCUAAUGCCCUCUUGCUCUGAGGGUUGGAAACCGAGGGUAGAGGCAUCGCAAGACUCUGAUAGGCUGUUAGUUAUUUGUUUUCUAUUUUGUAAAAAAUGGUUGUUGUUGUUGAUACCACAUGAACUAUUUAAAGACUAAUCUAUGAAUAUGUAAAGAACUGGCUAAUGUAUAACCACUUCUCCAAUAUAUAACCUGCUCUAUAUUUCCCUCUCUUUCUUACUGACCUUCUUGCCUUACUUUGGUUAGUCUCAAAUGGCACCCUAUUCCAUACACAGUGCACUACUUUUUGACCAGUACCCAGGGCCACCUAGUCCACUAUAUAGGGAAUAGGAUGCCAUUUGGGACGUAUGCAAACAGAAGCUUGUAAACUUGAAAGAUGAAGAUUCUGUCCGGUCAAUAUUUCUGCUAAUCUCAUCCUCACAGUGCCACGGAAACAAACCGCCCUGAUGUCUAACAGCUUACACUAUAGUACUUAUCGUUAUAAACACAUUACCCCAUCAUCAUACGGUAUGAAGAUGUGUCUUUCUCAAUGGCUGAAUAGCUUUUUAGCCAAGUAUUUUAGUCCUUAGUGUGAUCACAACACUUAGAUUCUUGUUAGUGUAUUCUGUUGUUUGAGCCAGACCACAGUGGAGCACUCUUUCUUUCAAAGGUUUUAACAUCACAAAGUAGGUUGUCUGAUAAGAUCUGGGUCUGUGUCCUAAAUGGGCCCUGAUCAAACUAGUGCCCUAAACAGGGAAUAGGAUUCCAUUUUUGGGACGUAGCCCUGUUCAUCAUUUUAACUUUCUGUUCCAAAGUGUGUUGAUCUAUUGACAGAAAGCUUGGGACCUAUUUUACCUAACUCAACCUAAAGCUUUGGCUGGAUUCCACCCUUAGGAUUACAGGCUAAAAGCCUAUGAAUAUCAAACACUUAACACAACGGAUGUCGUUCCUCAGGAGAACGUGUUAUAAUCAUUUAAACUUUACGUUGGCUUUAAGCCAAGUAUGAAUUCCAAGUAUGACAGACCGUUUGGGACCACUGAUUUGAUAGGUGGUAAACAUGCGGUCUUCUGCAAUAAAACUGUUUUUUUUUAAUCAAUUUACGUGUCAGCAGUCAAGUUAAGAUAUUGAACAUUCAAGAAGUGUCUCCGGCCACAUCAUGAUGAUGUAUUUUUCAUCACAUGAAGCUUAUUACAUCAUCAUCACGAUGCGGAUGAUGACGCUUUUCUUCUUGAAAGUCCAAUAUCUUAACUUGACUGGUGACACGCAACACAUUUUGAACCUGGAACUGUGGACUAAUGAAAAUAAAUAUGUACAAAAAUA